AUGACGAAAAAGAGAAGAAAUGGUGGCCGCAACAAGAAAGGCCGUGGCCACACUUGUUUUGUGCGAUGCUCCAACUGUGCUCGUUGUGUACCCAAAGACAAGGCUAUUAAGCGCUUCACCGUACGCAAUAUGGUUGAGUCUGCUGCCGUUCGUGACAUCUCAGAAGCAUCCGUUUAUCAUGAAUACGUGAUUCCGAAGUUAUACAUCAAAAUUGCUUACUGCGUGUCAUGCGCGAUUCAUUCGCACGUCGUCCGUGUCCGAUCCCGUGAGGGACGACGUAAUCGCGCUCCACCACCACGUGUCCGCUGGAAGGAUGGCAAGAAAGUCAACCCCGCCGUUGCGGCUGCCGCCGAUGCUGCUGCUGCGAAGUCGAGGACGUAG